AAACCAUUUCGGUCGAUUGUAGUAUCGAAGGGCCCUCUUUCCUUCUCAGUUCCAUAUUUCGAAAUUCAAACUUAGUAUUUUGUAGUUGGGUUUUUUUUGGUGGUAAAAAAUGGGGAGAAUGGUGAGGAGUUGCUUCCAAUCGAUUCUUAAAUUGGUGAACUCUGUCAUUGGGAUGCUUGGUAUAGCCAUGAUUUUGUACUCCUUAUGGCUUAUUAGGGUUUGGCAGAGGCAAAUGGAUGAGUUUCCCUUUGUAGAUUUUGAUAAUCCUGUUCCAUGGUUCAUUUACACUUCCCUUGGCCUUGGGAUUGCGCUGUGUGUGAUAACAUGCUCUGGUCAUGUUGCUGCAGAAACUACAAAUGGUUGUUGCCUUUAUUUGUAUAUGUUGUUUGUGUUCUUGCUCAUCAUGGUGGAGGCUGCAGUCACUGUUGAUGUGUUUAUCAAUCGUGACUGGGAGGGGGACUUUCCAGAAGAUCCAAGCGGGAGUUUUGAUCAGUUCAAAGCUUUUGUGAGAUUAAACUUCAACAUCUGUAAAUGGAUAGGGCUGUCAAUUGUGACUGUACAGGGACUGUGUUUGUUGCUGGCAAUGAUACUGAAAGCUCUAGGGCCAGAUCAGUACUAUGACAGUGAUGAUGAAUAUACUACGGACAGGGUUCCACUUCUGCCAAAUUCUGCUCAUCCACCUACAUACGUUGUCGGUGAUCCUGUCUAUGGAUCCAACUCUGCUUCCUGGGGUAUCAGGAUUAAUGACAAGACAAACAGGUAAUCCAUAUGCAUCACUUGGGAGAAACAAAGUUUCAGACUAUGUCUAGUAAUCAUAUAAACCUUUGGUUGUCAGAAGUUGAUGAGUCUUGAAAAUUGAAAUGGCAUCAAAGAUGGUUGAAAUGAGUGAUUGAAACACGUACAUAUUGUCAUAGCAUUAGUCACUUAAUGCUCAAACCCAAAACCAAAAUUUGAAUACCACUUGAUAUCAUGUAAUUGUUUCUGUUACUUCUAUAUUCAUUUAGCUUUAUACUUACUCAACUAAUCCAUGUUUCCAAAGUAUAGUGACAAUUAUCAAAUUAUUAGACUUGUACACGUUUUCUUUUUCA